AUGCCAGGAGAUGCUUUUGCGAUAUCGUCGAAUUCGAGAUCGAAACUAAAUGCAUUUCGAUAUGUUCCGACUGCACGACAGCAGCCUGAAAACAUGCCAAUUUCGCUCGAGCGCAGCCGUGAUGACCCCAUCGUGCUACCCGUGGACAAGGAAAACCAGAAGGUAAAAACCGAAGCAGGAGAUAGAGGAUUGCCAGUUCCCAUUACGCAACCGAAUGGGAUGAAGCAUCAAGAUACUCAGCCAGAAAAAGCUCUUCCUCAAACUCCGGUACACAGAAUCCCACUCGCCGACCUGAUCAGCAAUACGGAGGAAGCUUUCAGCAGGGCCCCUGGAAAGGUCAUUACCCCCGAAGACCAUGUAUUUUGGAAGCACGAGCCAUGCAGCAUGGAUUACAGGGAUUCCUCAAGGUCACCAAGCACAAGAGGACAAAAGCGUCAUCGAAGCGCAUCACCAGCCAGCUCCCCUCUCGGACGGGAUUUGAAGAGCAGCAAACCGAGUCCACUGCCUCCUCAAAAGCUUUUGAAAACGCCCCAACAUGACAUUGCUGCCGACCUUUGGAGUAAAUAUAUCGGAAAGAGCACUGGGAAACCUGAUGGCGAUGAUCCACAAUCUCAAUUCUCUCAUCUCAUCUCAUCAUCACCUCAAACCCCUGCGCCUGGCCGAUUAGGCAAAGAAUCACCCGCCCUCCGUAGAUCAAUCAGUUGCAAUGUAUACUGGCCAACUUCCAAUACGAAAAGAAGGAGAGUUGACAAUGAACAGCAGGCUGCAAACAGAGUUCGAAACAUAUUCGCUGGAUCGCGAAGCUCUCUACUGGGCCCAGGAACUUCAAAGUCAUCUAAAAUCAACCUCUUGGUGGGGAAAAUUCAGGAAACCCUUUUGAAUUUGCCAAGGGAGGAAAUCACAGGUCCGUCUAGCUCCACUCCUUUGCCAGAGAGGUCUGGUAAUAUGGCAGAACUCCCAAGACCACCAUCAAAGCCAGCAAACAUAAAUGAAAACAACCCAAUGAAUACGCCGUCCAGGAGCUCAAGGAGAGUGAUUCCCAAAGAUGCUGUUGACAACAAAGAUGUCGAUACCAACCAAGACUUGUCUGUCAUGUCCGAGUUUGAUGAUGAUGAUUUAGAUGAUGACUUUCUAGAGUUUGCUGGAACUGCGGAUAACCAAAACACGACGGCUCAUCCGGAGGCUGGAGUUCUCCUUAACACCAAACAGUCUCAAAAGCCCACGCAAGUCAUGCCUACGAUGGUUACCGCCCAUGACAGUCCCGAUACCAAUUUUCGACAGAAACAUCAUACACAACUAAUUCCACACAUUUCACCUUCCAAUAACAAUCCCAAUGAAGUUAAUGAAUUUUACGAUAGCGACGACGAGUUUCCGGACGGAAUGGAAGAAGUCCUAGCACAAUACGAUAUGAAAGAGUUGCCAGAUUCUGAGAAACAGCGAAACAGGUCUCUAGAGGGACGCUUGGCGCCAGACACAGAAGAAGCCGCAGCAGCGUGGAAGGGUGAAAACAAUACCACUUCAGUGGAUGGCGGAGUGUCUCUUUCUGGUGAUGAAUUUGAUGAGGACAUUGACUUGGAGUCCAUUGAAAGUGCAAUGAGAAAGACUGCCAGUACAGGUUUUGCAAGUCAAGUAUUGUUUGUCGAGGAGGAGAAAACGAAAAUCAAUCGAGCUAUCACUCUACGGGAGUCCUGGUUUGACACUCCUUGCACAAAAGGAUCGUAUAUUCACCUCAUCGGAAGCUUUGACCCUACCGGACAAUGUGUAGUGAAUAACUCCGAUAAUAUUAUAAUUCUUCACCCGGAUCAUCUGCUCUCCGCCACAGUGGUUGCGGACUCGUUUACAUGUCAGCGCCGUGCUGUUCUACAGGACCGCGUGAAAGCCACCAGUGAAGCCAACAAGCCUCAAGUAUACGGUCAUAUUCUUCAUGAAAUAUUCCAAGCCGCCAUGACCGCGAAUCGCUGGGAUCUACAGUGGUUGCGUGAAGUCAUAUCGCGGACAUUGGAACGCUAUGUGGAGAGUUUGUAUGAAAUUCAAGUCGAUUUCCCUGAAGCCACCGAGUACUUAAUGAGCAAAAUGCCCUCCUUAAGAUCGUGGGCAGAUAUGUUCGUUCGUUCUCGCCCUACAACCGAAUCGAUCAUGGAAGACAGGAACGGCACCAGCUCGCGUAUGAGUAUCAACAAGCUUCUGGAAGUUGAGGAACAUAUCUGGUCUCCAAUGUAUGGCUUGAAGGGCAACAUAGAUGCAACUGUACAGGUUGUUGUCCAGGAAGGAACAGAACAAAAGACUCUUACUGUUCCACUCGAGGUGAAAACGGGGCGAAACAACACCAACGAGGCUCACAGGGCACAAACAGCGUUAUACACUCUACUACUUUCCGAUCGAUACGAUAUCGAUGUGACUUUUGGAAUACUUUAUUAUCUUGAAGUAACCAAGACUUCCCGAGUUCGAGCUAUCCGAACUGAAAUUCGACAAAUGAUUCAGCAACGCAACCGGCUCUCUGAAUUUGUAUGUCAAACAUCAAAACUGCCUCCGAUGCUUAAAAAACCACGGAUAUGCAACCAGUGUUAUGCCAAAAAUGCGUGUUUCACCUACCACAAAAUUAUGGAUAACGGAGAUGGAGAGACCAGCGAGUUGGGAAACAGCUUCCUUGAAGUUGUUGGGCAUCUUACUCCGUCCCACCAAGUCUUUUUUAAGAAAUGGGAUGCCCUUUUAACCAUGGAAGAGAGAGAUAUAAUGAAAUUCCGGCGAGAAUUAUGGACCAUGUUAAGCAGUGAACGUGAAGCCGUUGGUCGCUGCUUUGGCAACAUUAUGGUCGAGCCGGGGUCGGCUUAUGAAGAAACCGAUGCGCCAAAAAUCAGCCGUUUCAGGUAUACAUUUUUCAAACACCAGCCGCCUGCGAACUUCUCUUUCGGGGACUCGCAACUCAGUGUCGGGGACCCUAUUGUCGUUUCUGAUGAAAAAGGACAUUUCGCACUCGCAGACGGUUACGUCACGCAUAUUAGCCGCAAACGAAUUUCAGUCACGCUUGACCGGAGGCUCCAUAAUGCCCGAACAAGAUGUUCCAAUUUCGAUGCAGACCGACAUCAAGCCUUUAUAGGAAUUAUGGAGGUUGUUGAAACUGGUGGACGCGAAUCGACAAUAUCUCCUGAAAAAGCUGAGGAUAAAAACAUGUAUCGGCUAGACAAGGACGAAUUCAGCAGUGGCAUGGCCACUGUUCGUAAUAAUCUUGUUUGCAUGAUGGAUAAUACUAUGCUCCAAGCUAAGCGGCUUAGAGAUGUUAUUAUCGAUGGCCGUGCACCUUCUUUCAAGCCCACUUCUUCGUCGACCGUAUCAAGUCUUGCUAACGCGGAGCUCAAUGUUGACCAAAAACAAGCCAUCAACAAAGUGAUGAGGGCAAAUGAUUAUGCCCUAGUGUUAGGAAUGCCAGGGACAGGAAAAACAACCACUAUAGCCCACAUUAUCCGGGCUCUUGUUUCCCAAGGGAAAAGCGUUCUUCUAACCUCAUAUACCCAUACAGCUGUUGAUAAUAUUUUGUUGAAGAUAAAGGACGAUAAUAUCCGCACUCUGAGGCUUGGUGCUACGACAAAAAUCCACCCGGAUGUUCAAAAGUUUGCUGACUUGGCGGCCACCCCCAAGAAGACAAUUGAGGAAUUAAGAGACAUAUACGAAAAUUCCCUUGUUGUGGCAACCACUUGCUUGGGAAUUAACCAUCCUAUCUUUAACAAUCGCAUUUUCAACUACUGUAUUGUCGACGAGGCGUCUCAAAUUACUCUUCCAGUUUGCUUGGGCCCCAUUCGUAUGGCGAAAGCAUUUAUCCUCGUUGGGGACCAUUACCAGUUGCCGCCACUCGUUCAGGAUAAGGAAGCACAAGAAGGCGGAUUAGAUGUGAGCUUGUUCAAGCUUCUCUGUGACUUGCAGCCAGCAUCUGUCGUCAACUUGGAACACCAAUAUCGAAUGUGCGAAGAUAUAAUGCUCCUUUCAAACACCCUCAUCUACUCCGGACAUCUCAAGUGUGGCACCCCAGCAGUUGCGUCAAGUUACCUCAAAAUCCCCAACCUCAAUGGCUUAAAACAACACCAUGUAAAUUCAUCGUCUUUACCCUCAAAUAUCCGAUCCCCGUGUCUAGGCUCCCGCUAUGGACAUUGUUGGAUCCGCGAUUUGCUCGAUCCCGUCGCAAAAGCGCGACUUGUCAACACCGAUUUCCUCGUACCUCAGGCCAAAGAGUUUUCAAAAGGAUCCCGCAUCAUCAACUCUAUCGAAGCCACUCUUUGCGCACAACUGGUCGACUCUUUCAUUUCCGUUGGCAUACCCGCCCGAGAUAUCGGUGUCAUAACUCUUUACCGAAGUCAACUAGCCCUCCUGAAACAAAACCUCCGCCACUAUCUGCCUGAUCUGGAAAUGCACACUGCAGAUCGGUUCCAGGGACGCGAUAAAGAAAUUAUCAUUAUGAGUUGCGUCCGCAGCAACUCCGAGCGGAAUGUAGGGGAGCUGUUUCGUGACUGGAGACGUGUUAAUGUUGCCUUCACUCGCGCGAAAACAAAGCUUCUUAUUAUUGGGAGCAAGGAUACACUCCGUGAUGGCAAUGAGUUGCUGGGGAAAUUCGUCGAGCUUAUGGAUGGGAAGGGAUGGACGUAUGAUUUGCCUCCGGCGGCUGUGGAAAGCCAUGUGUUUGAAAGUUUUGACAAUGGGCCAACGCAGUUGAGUCCAAUGAAAGGGACGGAUAAAGCACCAUUGCCGCCGUCGAUAAACAACAAGUUGAAGAGGAGCCCGAUAAAGAAAAGCCCGCGAAAGAGGAUCUCCACUAAUGAACAGAGUCCCUUGAAAGGUAAACAGCGAGUUGCGCUAAGUCCGAUCAAACAUGAGCAGACACCUAUUGGCUUUAAGAGGCCACAAAAAAUAGGUUGGAAAGCACUGGAUGGCGCCAAGAUUGUGGCGACAAGACCAGUUCUGAGAGAUGUGCUGAAUGAUUUGAAUUAG